CCUCCGGCUGCUGACAGCGGCCUGCCCGCCGAUCAUUGACCGUCCGCAGGGAGGAGGUGAACGCAGCGUCUGGGGGACUAGAGCCGAUCUGCUGCCAGCCUCACUCACUAACAUCACCACCGCCCAUAAACCGCUAAUAUACAGGAAAUGAACCGUCUGUUCCGUUAACGUCGUUCCAAGCAGCGGUGGUCGUGAUUUUUCUCCUCCGGUGCUGCUCGUUGUGUAACGUUUACCGGCCGUAGUUCGUCUGAUGUGCAGCAUCAACUGGACCAGUUAGCUGCUUUAUCUCCGGUUAGCUGCUGCUUUGGACCGAACCGACGCUCACUUUCACAGUUAGACACCCGUCCGCCCGAAACAUGGCAACCCAGAUCGAUAAGGAGGCUUGUAGGGAGGCUUACAACCAAGUCCGGGACGACAACACGGAGACCAACUGGGCUGCCUUCAAGUAUGAGGGCUCUAUGAUCGUGCCUGCAGGACAAGGGACCGACUAUGAGGACUUUAAGACGAUGUGCACAGACGACUCUCGUCUGUUCGGUUUCGUCCGGAUCACGACAGGAGACGCGAUGAGCAAACGAGCCAAGUUCACCCUGAUCACCUGGAUCGGAGAAAACAUCAGCGGGCUGCAGAGGGCCAAGAUCAGCACCGACAAGACGCUGGUCAAAGACAUCGUGCAGAACUUUGCCAAGGAGUUCAUGAUCAGCGACGCUCGGGAACUGGAGGAGGACUACAUCCGCAUGGAGCUGAAGAAGGCCGGCGGGGCGAACUACGACGCUCAGGCCGAGUAGAGGAGCUCCACCGGACGGGUUGGGGGUUCGGGUGGUCGGGUUGGGUGGUCCAAACGGGGCGGGAGGGUCGGGGCAGGGCUGCUACCUCCAGGGGGAGACGGGGGGCGGGACGGAGAGACCUCUAGAUACCUAAAAUAAUGUAAAGUUCUCUGUUGCUAAAGAAACUCGGAGGCGUUAAAGCGCUUAUACACUCGAUUUUAAAGCGUCUUUAAAGGAUGCCGCAGCUUUUACAAACCUACUUCAAUCAGUUUCUGUUUCAGCAAAAUCAAAACAAGAAAGAUCAGAUGAAUGAACGUGUUGAAGCUGCUUUGAAAUGACCAGUUUUAGUAGCUGGAGCUAGCAGCUACGUUAGCUUAGCUUAGCAUAAAGACUGGAAACAAGUGGAAACAGCUAGCAUGGAUCAUUGUCGUCACCACACAUUCAUGUGUAUUGUUUGGAGCUAGCUGCUACGUAGCUUAGCUUAGCAUAAUGACUGGAAACAAGGGGAAACAGCGAGCAUGGAUCAUCAUCCAUCGACACAAAUUCACUUUGUUUGUCCCGUUUGUUUAAUCAGCACAAAAAUGUAAAAACGAGACAAAACUUUCAUAUGAGUGGGAAAUGGGGUCAGAAUUUUCCCAGUGGACUACUUGAUAAAAUUACAAGUAAUACAAUACCAUGUUGUAUUACUAAUUUUCUCAAUUUUUUACGUUUCAAUAUGCAAAUGAGGCACUCUCUCUUAAAUAUAUUUGCAUAAAUUACCAGAACAUUGGAUAACACUGGAAAGCUAGCUUCAGAGCUAGCAUCAGAGCUAAAAAAGCAUAUUUUUAAUUAUUUUAACGGGAAUCUAUAAAAAAAAAUACAGAUAAUCAGAAAAUGCUAAACAUGGACAUGUUACAUUUAUUUUUCAGCUUUUAACAGAGGAAGGACAGCUGUUUCUUCCAAGUUUUAGACCUCAUGCUAAGCUACGCUAACAACAGAAACCGUCCCCAGGAUCAGUGCUAAGCAGUUUUAAUGAGGUUUCUGUCCCAUAUUACUAACGAACACAUAAAAUAUGUGAUGCACACUGACUGUUACAGACUAAAUAACUAUUUUAUUGUCUGUUUUUGAUUUAUUUAGCCCAGUAACAUUCUGAAAAGGCUAAAAGACUACCUUAGCAUGUUCUGUGUAUAGUCUAGCAUUGACAGAUAUGAGAGUGGCAUUAACAACAAAGUAAUGUUCACCCUGAAUGAGCACAAAGUCUGCAUGUUAGCCGCCACAAAUGCUAAAUCCGGUGUAUAGGUGCUGCUAAAGAUGGCCGCCUCUCCGUCCCGGCCCGCCGCCUCCUCCCCGGUCAGCUCAUGGUUGGUUCUACUGUGCUGUGCAUCGUCAUCUCACACUCAUCCUCAUCUCAGCACGAAGCCGCGGUCGAGGCUUCGGCGCCGCACGUCGAGGAUAAUCCGAGGAUGUGAAUUUUAAAAAAAAAACUGAAGGGCUUCACUUCAAAAUGAUUAAAAAAAACAACUCGGUGAGACUACAUCAGACUGUAGACGUCUCAUUUUUGAAAUGACACCCUUCGUUCGCUCGCAGGCAUGUGUUUGACACCAGAACAUGCUCUUAGUCAUGAUACACUGAACCUCCAGGGGGGAAAGACCUCCAUUUUCCGGCGGUAUCCUUGGUGACGGUUGGCGGCUUGUUUAUUCUAACGCUGAGUCACACCGCCGAGCCUCCUCUUCAUCUCCUAGCAAACAGCUGUGUUUGGUUUACAGCCGCCUUCGGGCUUUCUUGGGUUCUGUUUAGCCAAAAUGGCAACGAAUGAUGCAUCUUUUUAAAGAUAUUUUGCCGUAAAACAACUAAUCUAUCAAUCCUCUAGCAGCAGAUCUAAACACCUCAGAGGAUGCUGGGAAUGGAGGUCUUUUCUCCUGGUGUCUCAUCUCACAAUUUACCACUUUAAGGUAUCCAUGCAUACUGUAACCUACUGUGUUUGACUGCCUUAGUGUCCCAUGGAGAGAGGGGCAUCAUGGGAGUUUGUGGACACUACACUGUGAUUGGCUGCCCUCCUCCACUGGGAUGUUGGGCUCUGGUUCUUCAUCCCGACCCAGGAGGAGCCACGUCUCGGUCGUAGCAUCUCUUUUUUUUUUCAUUUGGUUUCAACCCUCCCUUCCUUCCCCUUCCUCCCCCCCUCCUGCAAAAACAAAAGAAAGAAGAAAAUUAGGAUUUUUCUGUUUUGUUUUCUUGUACUUCUUGUUUUAAGAUGAAUUUUAUUUUCUCUUAAGAGUUUUACCUGAUGAUUUGAUUUUUUUAAGAGCAUUGUUAUCUUGGACAGUUUGGUGGAAGAGAUUUUCAAAAAACAAAAACACAAAAAGAAAGAAAACAGAACGGGCACAAGAUCAGUCAUUUCAAAUAAAAAUUGAUGUUUUUUUCCAGAA